UCGGAUCCCACAGCCUGUCCUGAAUCCAUUCGCCAUCAUGGCAUUGGGCCUCUCCAAGCGCAAAGCAUGUGCACUGCUAUUUUGGGGAGCACCAGUCCUGCUGAUUCACUUGGUGGAUUAUUGCUGUCAAGUUUGGGCCGCUGAGCAUGGUGAUGGUCCUAUGCAAGACUUGCAAAUGCUGGAGUUGUUUAGCGGGGAGCAGGAGCUGACCCGACAAUGCAGAUUGAAUGGCAUCGAGUGUCGUGCAAUGGACAUCAGGAAAGACAAGGUCUUGCAUGACUUGACGUCUUCCCGUGGGUUCUGUCUAGCCUUGCUCCGGUUGCUUCGAGUGCAGCCCAAUGGAAUGAUAUGGGGCGGCAACCCUUGUGCUAGUUGGGUUUGGAUAAGUGCAUCUACGACGAAGCGACGCAGCCGCGAACAUGGCAUUUUCGGAGAUGAAGGGCUGGAAGGGGUGCGGGUUGCUAAUUGUUUAGCAGCCCGCUUUGCUCUAUUGGCCAUGGUGGCCAUUGUUAAUGGUGUUUGGUGGUCUGUAGAACAGCCAUCUUCAAGCUGUCUUCCCAAGUGCCCCUACGUGGCCCACGUCAUGACCAACAUGGCACCUACGUGGUACUUGCGAACGUGGAUGGGGGCAUUUAACCACUUCUGUAGUAAACCUACAGCAUUGUUUGGAUCAUGGCCAUUGCUUGAAGAACUUAAAUGCCGGCUUUCACAAGCAGAACAAAAGUCAUUGAGGGAGUCAUCGGCUGGCAUGUAUACCAAGAAGAGAUUACCGGAUGGACGGGUGAGGGUUACUGGAGGAAAAAGGCUGAAAGAAAGUGGAGCUUACACACCGGAGUUUGGAAAGCGCGUCGCUCAACUAUUUAAAAAGGGCGCAGUUUCAGCAUCGCACCUUGCUGCACAGCGACAACGAUCUCUGUGGAAACUAGAAGGCCCUAAGGGCUUUGAGCAGCCCUUGGAUUGGAAACAUGCUGACUUACCAGCUCUUCGGCAGUUCCUUUUGGAGGAGAUUGCAGCCAACAGGUUCCAUCCCCAACCUGGCCUUCCAUUGUAGGUUGCAAUGCGAUCCUGAAGCGGUUGCAAGGCGGUGUGACACUAUAGCUGACCAGCAUAGUGCACUUUAAUUUCAGCCUUUUGAGGGUGACACAAAAA